CUCUUUUCCCCUAAUUGAUAUUAUUGGAGUGUGGAGCGAGCGGCCGGUCUGCAGUCGGAGACUUGCAGACAGCAAAUACGGUGCGAACGAAUUGGAGGGGGGAAAAGGAAAAAAAGAAAAGAAAAAAAAAAAGGAAAAGGAAAGAAAAAAUCCAACAAAAAUCCAAUUCGGAGGAACGGGCCUGGGACUGCGAAGGAGAAUUGAUGCUAAAAGCGAACCCAAACCCACUUCCGAACCAACAACAUUUAAAGCAGAUCCCCUUUGAGAUAAUUAAGCUAAACCCUCAAACCUGCUCAUGCACCAUGGUUUUUCAAACUCGGUACCCUUCCUGGAUUAUUUUAUGCUACAUCUGGCUGCUCCGCUUUGCACACACGGGGGAAGCACAGGCUGCGAAAGAAGUACUUCUGCUGGACUCUAAAGCACAACAGACAGAAUUGGAGUGGAUUUCCUUUCCUCCUAAUGGGUGGGAAGAAAUCAGUGGAUUGGAUGAAAACUACACACCUAUACGAACAUACCAGGUAUGCCAGGUUAUGGAACCUAACCAAAACAACUGGCUCCGGACUAACUGGAUUGCAAAAGGCAAUGCACAAAGAAUUUUUGUAGAACUGAAAUUCACCCUGAGGGAUUGUAACAGUCUUCCUGGAGUGCUGGGAACAUGCAAAGAAACCUUUAAUUUGUACUAUUAUGAAACAGACUACGACACUGGCAGGAAUAUAAGGGAAAACUUAUAUGUAAAAAUAGACACUAUUGCUGCAGAUGAAAGUUUUACCCAGGGUGACCUUGGGGAGAGAAAAAUGAAACUUAACACAGAGGUGAGAGAGAUUGGACCUUUGUCCAGAAAGGGAUUCUAUUUGGCCUUUCAGGAUGUUGGGGCUUGCAUUGCUUUGGUUUCUGUCAAGGUGUACUACAAGAAAUGCUGGUCCAUUAUUGAGAACUUAGCUAUCUUUCCAGAUACAGUGACUGGUUCAGAGUUUUCCUCCCUAGUGGAGGUCCGAGGGACAUGUGUUAGCAGUGCAGAAGAGGAGGCAGAAAACUCUCCUAGAAUGCACUGCAGUGCAGAAGGAGAAUGGUUAGUGCCUAUUGGAAAGUGCAUCUGCAAAGCCGGCUACCAGCAAAAAGGAGACACUUGUGAACCCUGUGGCCGUGGAUUCUACAAAUCUUCCUCCCAAGAUCUUCAGUGUUCUCGCUGUCCAAGUCACAGUUUUUCUGACAAAGAAGGAUCCUCACGAUGUGAUUGUGAAGAUGGGUAUUACAGAGCUAUUUCUGAUCCACCAUAUGUCGCUUGCACAAGACCUCCAUCUGCACCACAGAACCUCAUUUUCAACAUCAACCAAACCACAGUGAGCUUGGAGUGGAGUCCUCCUGCUGACAAUGGGGGAAGAAAUGAUGUCACCUACCGAGUUUUGUGUAAACGGUGCAGUUGGGAACAAGGUGAAUGUGUACCCUGUGGGAGUAACAUUGGGUACAUGCCCCAGCAAACUGGAUUAGCAGAUAACUAUGUCACUGUCAUGGACUUGUUAGCCCAUGCCAAUUAUACUUUUGAAGUUGAAGCUGUCAAUGGAGUUUCAGAUUUAAGCCGUUCCCAGAGGCUUUUUGCUGCUGUCAGUAUCACCACUGGUCAAGCAGCUCCCUCGCAAGUUAGUGGAGUAAUGAAGGAGAGAGUGCUGCAGCGGAGCGUCGAGCUUUCCUGGCAGGAGCCAGAGCAUCCCAAUGGAGUCAUCACUGAAUAUGAAAUCAAGUAUUACGAGAAAGAUCAAAGGGAACGAACCUAUUCAACAGUAAAAACCAAGUCCACUUCAGCCUCCAUUAAUAACCUGAAACCAGGAACAGUGUAUGUUUUCCAGAUUCGUGCUUUCACUGCUGCUGGUUAUGGAAAUUACAGUCCCAGGCUUGAUGUUGCUACACUAGAGGAAGCUACAGGUAAAAUGUUUGAAGCCACGGCUGUGUCCAGUGAACAGAAUCCUGUAAUUAUCAUAGCUGUGGUUGCUGUGGCAGGAACCAUCAUUCUGGUCUUCAUGGUAUUUGGUUUCAUCAUUGGAAGAAGGCACUGUGGUUAUAGCAAAGCUGACCAAGAAGGAGAUGAAGAGCUUUACUUUCAUUUUAAAUUUCCAGGCACCAAAACCUACAUUGACCCUGAAACCUAUGAGGACCCAAAUAGAGCUGUCCAUCAAUUCGCCAAGGAGCUAGAUGCCUCUUGUAUUAAAAUUGAGCGUGUGAUUGGCGCAGGAGAGUUUGGAGAAGUCUGCAGUGGCCGCUUGAAACUCCCAGGGAAGAGAGAUGUUGCGGUAGCGAUAAAGACCCUGAAAGUUGGUUAUACAGAAAAACAAAGACGAGAUUUUUUAUGUGAGGCAAGCAUCAUGGGGCAGUUUGACCACCCUAAUGUUGUUCAUUUAGAAGGGGUUGUCACAAGGGGGAAACCAGUCAUGAUUGUAAUAGAAUAUAUGGAAAAUGGAGCUCUCGAUGCAUUUCUUAGGAAACAUGAUGGACAAUUUACAGUUAUUCAGCUUGUAGGGAUGCUGAGAGGGAUUGCUGCUGGAAUGAGAUAUUUGGCCGAUAUGGGAUAUGUUCACCGGGAUCUUGCAGCCCGUAAUAUCCUUGUCAACAGUAAUCUUGUUUGCAAAGUGUCAGAUUUUGGGCUGUCCCGAGUUAUAGAAGAUGAUCCAGAAGCUGUCUAUACAACUACUGGUGGGAAAAUCCCAGUAAGAUGGACAGCCCCAGAAGCUAUCCAGUACCGGAAAUUUACAUCUGCCAGUGAUGUAUGGAGUUAUGGAAUAGUCAUGUGGGAAGUAAUGUCUUACGGAGAACGGCCUUAUUGGGAUAUGUCAAAUCAAGAUGUUAUAAAAGCAAUUGAAGAAGGUUAUCGUUUGCCAGCACCCAUGGACUGCCCAGCUGGUCUCCAUCAGCUAAUGCUGGAUUGUUGGCAGAAGGAUCGUGCUGAAAGGCCAAAGUUUGAACAGAUAGUUGGAAUUCUGGAUAAAAUGAUCAGAAACCCAAAUAGCUUGAAAACACCCCUGGGAACCUGUAGCAGGCCAAUUAGUCCUCUUCUGGAUCAGAAUACUCCUGACUUCACUACCUUCUGUUCUGUGGGAGAAUGGUUACAAGCAAUCAAGAUGGAAAGAUAUAAGGAUAAUUUCACAGCAGCCGGCUACAACUCUCUUGAAUCAGUGGCCAGAAUGACUAUUGAGGAUGUGAUGAGUUUAGGGAUCACAUUGGUUGGUCAUCAAAAGAAAAUCAUGAGCAGCAUUCAGACUAUGAGAGCACAAAUGCUACAUUUACAUGGCACUGGCAUCCAAGUGUGAUAGACAAAAUUUCUCCCUUAUGAGGGAGGUGACAGACUGUGAGAGAACAGUACUGGCCUUCAUUAUAGGCGAGGAGUGCUGCUAGAAGACACUUGAUUUGCUGGUUCCUUCCUGCAGUAAACAGAUCUACAAGAAGCACCUAAAGACUUGAACUCCUAAGUGCCACCAGAAUUCACAAAAAGGGAAUAUGGAUCCACCACUGGUGGCCAGGAAAACAGCAGUGACAAUAAACAAAGUACUACCUGAAAAAAACAUCCAAACACCUUGAGCUCUCUAACCUCCUUUUUAUCUUAUAGACUUUUUAAAAUGUAUAUAAAAAUUUAAGAAAGAAUAUAUUUGUCAAAUAAAAUCAUGAUCUUAUUGUUAAAUUCAAAAUAUUUUCCUUAAAUAUGUGAUUUCGGAAUCUUUUUUUAAAAUCAUUUUUGUUUAUUCUUCAUAAGGACUUUGUUUUAGUAAGUUGUUUAUAGCUUUGGAUCUUUUUAGUGUUAAUUCUGUGACACAUUACUACACUGGGUACCUUUGAAGGAAUCUCAAGUUGUUAGAAACAUAGAAAGCAUGAUUGAAAAUGUAUUUCCGUCGGAACAUUGGUAUUUUUUUCUGUGCCAUUUUCUUCUGUUAAAUCAGUGCUGUUCUGACAUGGUUUGCUAAUUGGCAGGUCAUCAAGAAAAUGCAAGUUGCCAAGAGCUCUGAUAUUUUUAGAAUACUUUUUUGUAAAAAUCAGACACUAUCUUUUCAAUGAAAAUUUAAAAGCAAUAAUGACCCCUAAAUAGUAUAAGGCACUUUUAAAAAAGUUAUUUGUAGGAUGAUUUUACUAGACAUAAUUUAAUAAGAAAGCUCAAAUUGUAGAUCCACAACUUUAAACAAAAAGGGGAAAAAAGAAAAAAAAAAAAAAAAGGAUGAAGCACUUCCUGUAAUGAACAUGUAUGUAGACAUGUCUCA